GAUUAUUAAAAAACAUAAAUAAACCUGCGUGUUGAUGACUUGAUGAGGCGUAUUUUGAUAAAUAAUACUUUAAAUUUUAAUGGUUAACAAAUAAUUUCUUAAAAUACCUCCAUGGAUACGGACAUUCUGGUUGAGAAUAAGGAGGGUUUGUACGAUUUCUUAGAUCAGUUUACUAAGGAGUACAGUGAGUUGUCAUGGUUGGAUGUCAGUGAUGCUUCUCCUAGUGAAAUUUUAGCUGAUGCGGGGCUCGUACCUGCUAUAUCACCAGUGCAAAGUAUUAAGUCCUCGCCAAAUGAAAGUAGCAGCUCAGAUUCAGGCAGCGAAGAUGACACCAAAAACGGAUCCCAUACUUCAUCUGCCAGACAGUCAUCACAGUCCCCACUUGAUUGGUCUUUCCACAAUGAGCCUACUAAUCAGUUAAAGCCAGAAGAUGUUGACUUAUUCCUUCAAAAAUCAGUUCCAACUAGAAUAAAUGUUGGAGAAACAACAGCCAAUUACAGAAUUACGGACAAAAGCAGUCCUGUUAUGGCAAUCGAAAAUGGUAUGAUAAAGGUUGUUAAAAAAGAAAAUGAAUGUAAACAGAAUGAUAUCAAUAGAAUAUUUAACAAUCAAAAAGUCACAAGUGUACAUCGCCAAAAUUCCAUUUAUAAGGUUGUUAAUGAAAACUCACAAAAUAUAGUUAAGAAAGAAGAUAGUCAAAUUCAUCUGAUAGCUGAAAGGAACACACCAAGAAUAUUAAGAAAUACAACUAGUAUACAAACAAAACCAACAAGUAUUGUGAUACCAGCCGAGAAUACAAAAGAUGGUAGAAUUUCCAUCACCCCACUCACUCAGAACAAGCCAAUACAGGUUACAAAUAAUAGUGGUUACCAUGUUAAGACACCUCCACCUAUAAAUAAUAUUGUGAUAAAUCCCAACCCAGAAGUACAUCAAACCGCUCUCAUAAACCAAAGUAUAAAAGAAGAACCAAAGAGUCCCGUCAUAGACAUAUCUCAGUUUAGUGAAGCUGAAAUACGAGCUUUGAAAAAGCAACAGAGAAUGAUUAAGAAUCGGGAAUCUGCAUGUCAGUCCCGGCAAAAGAAGAAAGAAUAUGUAACAGCAUUAGAACACCAGUUGUUAGAAGCACAUCAAGAGAUUGCGCGACUCCGAUUAGAAAAUAGAUUAUUAAGGGACCAAUUAGAAUCAAAUGGACGAAGUCGAAAGAUUCCUCGGCUAGACUCUUCAAUACUGAUACCCAAAAAGAAUAUUGCUGUUAUUUUCGCCAUGGUUUUUAUGGUUUCUUUAAAUUGGAAUGUUAUAGGCUGGAACACCAAACCAUUUUCUGGACCAUCCUCUUCUCACGUAAACACGCGACAUCUUUUGUGGGCGGAAGACAAUAAAGAUGUUCUUUCUACUGAUUAUGAUCAGUUUGCUAAUCGCAGUGCUGAAGGAAUAGACUGUCAGAACACAACAUUAAAUGAUUUUGCCAACAUAAAUCAAACUGAAAGUAUAAGGAUAGUAGGUGAACUGAAACGAUGGAUUGGCGGUGGAAAGACAUUGAAUUGGACAAACACACAAAAAAGGCAUAAAGUUUAUUUGGAUGAAAAACAAUUACCAGGUGGACUAUUGGAAACUUAUAGACUUUUCAAUAAAUUGAACCUUGAUAGUAACCUUAUUGACAUACCUCAUAAGAAUGUAAAAAACAUUCGAGAUAAAUCACGAAGGAGGUUACGACGGAAUGCACCAACUGAAAAAGAUAUAUUCCCUGAUAGUGAUAUGUAUUAUGAGAGGCUCUAUCAUAAACCUCUCAGAAAAUCUGCUAAUGAGUUCAACAUGGACGAUUUUGGAGAAUGGAAUGCAUUACUUCAAGCUCUUCACAGGAGGGAUGACACAUUCUAUGUAGUAGGAGUUGGUAAAGGACAACACUUAUUGCUUCCAGCGGUAACACAUAAUGUAACGAGACCACCAAAAAUGGCACUAAUUUUACCAGCUCGAUCCGGCAAUGAUUCUAUAAUGAAUGAUCAUGUAACACUCAUGCAAAUCGAUUGCUCUGUCGUCAAUACAACUCUAGUCAAAUUAAAAUCAGAUACAUUACCAGAAAGCUUGAGAGAGACCAAUGUUGAUGGUCAACCAAUACACGUUAGUGUGAGCCCAGACAAUAGGAGAUUAAAGAGACUUAAAGUUGAUGCUAGUCCAAACGAAAUUGUUUUUAACACAAGCAAUAAUUUGUCCAAUAAUUUUAAGAAAAAUAUUAAUGUAGGUAGUGAUAAUGAAAUAAAUAAAAAUGAUUUGUUUACACAGUACCUGCUUCAUAAAUCAAGUGAUGGUAAUGAAAGUAAUUUAAGUAAUGAACUAGUAAAGAAAUCUUCUAAUAGUUCACAUUAAUUCACAAAAUGUUUCAAGUAUAAUUAAUAAUAGUUUUCAUAUACGUGUUUAUUGGUGCUAUAUUAAAUUCUUUAAAUCAAACGAAUUUUACUAAAGUCGAACGUCGUUCCAGUUUCUAAAAUGCUCAUCAAAGUCAGAUUACCUAAUUUGACUUUAUUAUGAAUGGUCAUUAUGGAUGGCAUCAAAAGACAUAAUAGGCAACCAAUGAGCACAGAUGAGAUUACAAAUUGUGCUCAUUAUUUCAGAAACUGGCGAUAAGUAGUUUAGUCUUGUCAAAUUACUUUAGAGAUUGUGUACAAGGAUGUCGGCACCAAUAUUAAUUAAAAUUAAAUGAAACCACUAAACAUUCAACUACAUUUUCCUUCAUAAAAUUAGACUUUAUAAUAAAGACUAAUUUUAGGAAGAAAAAUUUUCGUGUUGUUUAUGUAAAACCAACCAUAUCGAAAGAUAAAAUGUUAUCCACAUAGUUUUGAAAAUAUUUUCUUUAUUUUUUCGUUUUUCAUAAUUUAUUUAUAUUUUUCGUAAAAAGUACAUAUAUUUCUCUCUGGUAUAAUUAAAAAUAAUUAUGCUAAGCAAGUAUGCUCUUUGUUAACUUCUAACAUUUUUCAGUAUUUUACCAGGGUCUAUUUUAUUAUAAUAUUUAUACACACAACACAUUUGUAUUUAUAAAUAUAAGCAAAUUAUUAUGAUAAGGUUUAAUGAAUUAUAUUGAAGUCAUGAUAAGGGGGUUGUGCAACGAUACUGAUACAUCCACCGUCACUACUUGCAGAUGUUUAUAAAUUUAAAUGAAAUUAUUUAAAAAAUCUUGCAGAACAACUUUGAAUAUGAUUUAGAUUGUAUCAUGUAAAAAGGCAUAUUUAAAGUUAAUGUAAUUAUAAAAUUAUGUAGUUAUGCCAUAAAGCUUUGUUAUUGUUUUGUUUCUGUUAAUUAUGGUAAAAUGUGACAAAAGUUAUUUUAUAAAUAUUUUAUACUUAUCAGUAAUGUUUUUGUUUCAAAUUAUUAUGCAAUUGUACUACUAUAAAAUAAGCAUUUCCCUAGGAUUAAAAAGUAUUUUAAACAUUG